AUAAAUAUCUUAUAACCCCAUACACACACAAACACAUUUACAAACUCCAAAAAAAAUGGCGACUUGCUUAAGCAACACUACCAGGCCUAAGCUCACCACCACCUUCUCAUCAUCAUCUUCUUCUUCCUCUCAAACCCUUCAAAUUCUCUGCAAACGAUUUUCUCUCUCCUCUUUUUUCCCUCAUUCUCUCUCCUCAUCUUCUCGUCUUUCUUCCAAAACCCUACAUUUUCUCUCUCCUCCACGUCACCUUCUUCUUCGCCGUAAUUUCUCAGCUCGAGCUGAUUCUUCUUCGUCCGACAAUGGCGCGCACUUCGAUUUCGACCUAUUCACCAUUGGUGCUGGAAGUGGCGGUGUUAGAGCGUCGCGUUUUGCUUCGAAUUUCGGCGCUUCUGUCGCUGUUUGUGAACUUCCUUUUAGUACUAUCUCGUCUGAGACUGCUGGAGGUGUUGGUGGAACCUGCGUACUUCGAGGAUGUGUGCCAAAGAAGCUGCUUGUUUAUUCUUCAAAAUAUUCACAUGAAUUUGAGGAGAGUAAUGGGUUUGGAUGGAGUUAUGAUGCUGAACCCAAGCAUGACUGGAGCACCUUGAUUGCUAACAAGAAUGCCGAACUUCAGCGUUUGACAGGCAUCUACAAGAAUAUCCUGAAAAAUGCAAAUGUCACGCUAAUUGAAGGCCGUGGAAAGAUUGUUGAUCCCCACACAGUUAACGUUGAUGGGAAACUUUACUCAGCGAGAAACAUAUUGAUUUCUGUUGGGGGCCGUCCUUAUAUCCCUGAUAUUCCUGGAAGUGAGUAUGCUAUUGAUUCUGAUGCUGCUCUUGAUCUCCCAGAAAAGCCUAAGAAAAUUGCAAUUGUUGGGGGUGGAUACAUUAGUUUGGAAUUCGCUGGUAUCUUCAAUGGUUUGGGAAGCGAUGUUCAUGUUUUCAUUCGUCAAAAAAAGGUUUUGAGAGGCUUCGAUGAGGAGGUCAGAGAUUUUCUUGCCGAACAGAUGGCGCUAAGAGGAAUUGAGUUUCACACAGAAGAAUCUCCCCUAGCUAUCACAAAGUCUGCAGAUGGUACACUGUCAUUGAAGACCAACAAGGAAACUAUUGAUGGUUUUUCGCAUAUCAUGUUUGCCACAGGGAGAAGACCAAAUACUAAGAACUUAGGACUGGACGGCGUGGGGGUAAAGAUGGACAAAAAUGGAGCCAUAGAGGUCAACGAGUAUUCUCAGACAUCAGUACCUUCUAUAUGGGCAGUAGGUGACGUCACUGAUAGAGUGAAUUUGACCCCUGUUGCUUUGAUGGAGGGAGGGGCAUUAGCAAAGACAAUAUUUGGAAAUGAACCAACAAAACCUGAUUAUCGAGCUGUACCUUCUGCUGUGUUUUCUCAGCCACCUAUCGGCCAAGUUGGUUUAUCAGAGGAGCAAGCCAUAGAAACAUACGGGGAUGUUGAUGUUUUCACUGCAAAUUUUAGGCCUUUAAAGGCCACUUUAUCUGGUCUUCCAGACCGUGUUUUUAUGAAACUUAUAGUUUGUGCAAAGACUGACAAAGUUGUUGGGUUGCACAUGUGCGGAGAUGAUGCACCAGAGAUAGCACAGGGGUUUGCAGUUGCAGUAAAAGCUGGCUUGAAAAAGGCAGACUUUGAUGCAACAAUUGGAAUUCAUCCUACAGCAGCAGAAGAGUUUGUUACAAUGAGGACGCCUACGCGCCAAAUUCGCAAUGGACCACCACAGGGUACAAAGGAUUCCAAGCCUCAAGCUACAGCAGGAGUUUAAGCUCAUGUACAGGCUCCAAAGCAAAAUCAGAUUCGUAACUCCUAGCAAGGAAGUUUCAUAUUACUUGUUACGCUUCUUUUUUGGGAAAUAAACUCUCUCUAUCUCUCUCGUCUCACAUGUGUCCCUUUUCUUUUUACUCUCUACCUCUCUCUUUUCCAAAAAUUGCCUAGGAAUCUGUAAAUUGAAAAGUAUAGCAAGUAUUACGAAACGGAAGGAAUAUAUGUGUUUGCUUGUUUGAAUUUGUACUUUUAAUAUAUUCUUUCUAAAAUUUUAUAUAAUAUGUAAUUAAUAAAUAGUUAAAUAUGUAUUCGCAAUAAAAAAAAGAAGAUAUGAAUGGUAGAUAAUGAAGUUCACUAACCCAUCAAGUAGAUGCAAGUGAGCUUCCAAAUUGUGGGCACAACUUGGAUCAUUGGUGUCUUUAAUAAAUGGAGAAUUUUUGUGGUCCAAAGCAAGCUCAACCCCUACAUGACAAUAACUCCAAGGCAACCCUUGAGCUAUUUUCAUCCACUCUGAAGGUAAAUGUUCAUUAAACACUAAUCCUGGUGCCUUAGGAACCAUAUCAUGCACAUUCACCACCCUAAGCACUUUCACCCCUAGCUCCUCUAACCUCUCCUUGAACCUCACAUUACCAACCCGUGGGCCCGAGAAAGAGAAGACACUAAUGGGCCUAUCUCGGGUACUCGGGCCCACGUGAAUACCCGUCUCAGCUAUAUCAUAAGCACUCAAAAUUGCUAGGGCACUACCUAAACUAUGGCCCGUUAUACUUAUACUAAUUUCUUCAUUGUGGAACAACUCUGAUAGACGUUUUACCUCACUUAAGAUUUGUUCACGGGCCGAGAACUUGCAAUAUUUGCAAUUCGGGUCCUUGUCGGUAUAGAGGUCCAAGAACCCGGAUUCGGCCUUGACACUCCGGUCCGGGCAUGGGAUGUUUUCGUCAGAGACGGGCCUAAGGAAGUCCAUUAGAUCAUGGACCCAUUCAAGCCGGGUCACCGUACCCCUCCAAGAAAUAAUGAUGUCCCUACGGCCCAAUCUCUUGGACAUCUCAUCGUUGGAUACAGCCACAUAACCGAUCCAAUUAGCAUUCUUGGACCAAACCUUGGGCCACCUUGAGUUCUUAAAAAAGUUGGGCAAGUUAAUAUUGGACGUAGCAUACAAGUACCUUGUUACCUCAUAUCCAUGGGCCUCCAUUUCUAGGCCCUUAAAGAAAGAAUGUCUUGGGUACUUACAACUCCCACAAUACUUAGAAAAUGGAUCAAAAUCAAACCCAUCAUAGCAGGCUUGGGCCAUUUCUCCAUAUCGGAUUAACUCGGCCCGUAGGAGAGAAUCCAUUGGAUCAAGUAGCCCAACCCAUUCAUCCUCCCCAUGAAUCUCCUUCCAACGAUCCACUAACUCAUUUUCACCACUUUCCUCCAUCACAGGCCCAAACACUUCUCUACCUUUCUCUAGUCCUGUUUCUCUCCAAGGUUCAACUAUUCUUGAUGUCAAUGCAUCAUUUGUUCUAGAUAAAACUUGAACAGUACUUGGUCUAGUGGUAAGAUUUCGGCCUUUCGACCGUUUCGAAGGGUAGGUUUGGGAUAAAGAAGUUGUAGAAGAUAAACUUUCAUAUUGAAAUGAAAGAUUAUGGUUUGUAAUGAAGGUAAGAGCUUGCAUUUUGGAGA